AUGGGUGGAGCACAGGCAGCAUCGGAGUCCACUCCGGGCUGCUUACCACCUACUCCGGAUCGUCAACUCGGGCUCAACUCCAAGAAACUGUUGAAAGCCGACUUUGCAUUCAACUAUUCACCACCCCAAGGACCCAAGGGCAGCAGUAUAGAGCUUCGAAUUCGAGGGAGGAGCAAGGAUGGCAAGAAUAAAAAAAUCUGGGGCCCAGAAGCGACGUGA